AUGGUAGCUUGGGCAGCUUUAGGCGCAAUGGGAACAAAAGCAUUAGCAUUUGGAGCAAAAGCACUUGGAGCUUAUGACGCAGUAAAUAAAAUGAGUGGAGGAAGGGUUUCAAAGACAUUAGAUGCAAAUAAAGGAAAGAUUGGAGGCUGGGUUGCAAAGAAGUUAAGAUUAAAUAAAAUAGGGCUCAUAAAUAAAGCAUCCAAUUUGGUUGCGACUGAGUCAGAAAAUGCUUUAGGAAAGGACGAUGAGUUUGCAAAACACGUAAAAGACUUUAAUGACCAGAUGAAAGGUGAAACAAUGCAUUUAAAUAGAGUCGAUGGAACUAAAGAAGAUGUUUCUUCUCCACCAGUAGUUCUUCCGUAUG